AUGGAGGCAGCCCCCGACCCCCCGUCAGAGCCACCACCGCCGCCAGAAGAGCUCGCCAUCGAGGGCCUCCUCGAUGAGGUUUUCUCCGCCCCCAAGCAGCGUCGAAUGCACUACUCAAUGAAGCAAAAACGUGAUGUUCUGCUCGCUACACUAGGUUUAGGUAUCCGCGAGGCUGCUAGAGUCCAAAAAAUCCCUCGCAGGACGCUAGAAUCGUGGCUGGAGAAGAAAGAAGACAUCUUCGCGUUUAGAGGCAGUGAGAAAACGCUGUCCCGGGCGUCUGGCCGCCCCGAGAUCAUCCCAUUCAAGGUCGAGCUAAUAGCAUUCAUGAAAGACAAGAGACGCGAGUCGCUGCCUCUCACGGCCUCCAUAAUGGCCGCGUAUAUUCGCGACGAGUACUCAGAGUGGCAAGAAGACUACGCGGCAGGAAAGAAGGAUAUAUACACUGCGUAUCAGUCGCUGCAACGGCUGCUGCAGCGUUUCGCGUACCGGCACGGCUUCGUCCAGCGUACGCCGCACGGCCUUAAGAGGACUUAG